AUGGAUCCAAUUACGGCAUUCCAAGUCGCUGGGACCGUCGUAACAUUCGUCGAAUUCUCCUACAAUCUAAUCUCUGAGACGCGCUCCAUCUACAGAUCUCCCGAUGGUAAACCAGCCAGGGUCAAUGACCUGUCUAUGGUCAUCAACGAUUUUGCCGACAUUAGUCAUCGCGUCAAACAAGCCCUCGACCUUUCCAAUUGUCAAGCGACGACAGCGUCUGAUGAAAUACUCAUCAGACUAUGCAACGAAAGCCAAGACAUAGCUACCGACUUCCAGCGCGCAUUGACAUGUCUUCAGGCCAACGGCACUUCCAAAGUUGAACAUGUCAAGACAAGUCUUGUCAUCGCCCUCAAGGCGAUUUGGUCCAAGGAUAAGCUUGUAAAACUAGAACAGCGACUUCAGCAGAUUCGGUCUGAGAUGACCAUGGCCAUGCUGGUGGCCCUCUGGGAAAAAGAGAGACUGCGGGGAACAAAAGACGACCAGGAAUUGAAUGCCAAGAUUAAUCAACUUUCAAAAGCUAUUGAUCGGAAUAAUGCCCAGCUCGAUGAUUUCUUCAAGGAGUUAGAUGCCACGACUUCGAAAGAUGACGCGCUAGGUCCGGCUAGGCGCCGGAGGUUAUUCAGCAAUCUCUGGGAUGCAAAUUGGACACCGUCCGACAUUCAUCUGAGAAUUAGCCGCGAAGGCUACAUGGGCAACAAAAGUCUUGACGAGAGUGUCCAGAACCAAAUCAUUCAAAGCUUGCAUUUCCCUGGAAUGGAGGCAAGGGAAAAGUCAAUACCAAAGCCGUAUGAGGCUACAUACCGUUGGAUCUACUCUAACCAAGCUGCGGCGGCAGUCAAGCGACAGAGCUUUCCCCAGUGGCUCGGAGACUAUUCUAACAAGAUAUACUGGAUCACAGGCAAACCAGGGUCAGGCAAAUCGACCUUGAUGAACUUUGUCAUCCAUAGCCCUGUUACCGAGCAGCGCCUUCAAGCUUGGGCUACGCCUACGCCUCUCCUGCGGGCGCAUUUUUUCUUCUGGGAAGCUGGACAGAGCAGCCUGCAGAGGUCGCGAGAGGGUUUGCUGCAGACGCUUCUGUGGCAGUGUUUGCAGGAGAGGCCAGAUUUAAUCCAGCGAGUGACGCCCCGAAGAUGGAUGGUUCACCAUGUGCUGAACGGGCUGGAGACACCUGCACCAGCUUGGUCCUGGGAAGAACUUCGAGAAGCCUUUUUCAUCUUGGCAUCUGAGAAUAGCAGGUCAUUCAAGCUGGCGCUCUUCCUAGACGGCCUGGAUGAGUUUCAGGGAGAGCCGUCUGUGCUGAUCCAGUUCGUUAAGGAUUUGGUAACGAGCUAUGGUGUCAAGAUUUGCGUGGCGAGUCGACCUUGGACAGAUUUCGCCGAUGCUUUUGAUGAGUAUCCAAUGCUCACGAUGCAGUCCCUCACACAAAACGACAUUUCAGUAUAUAUCAAGGGUAGCUUCGAAGCUAGCAAAGCCUAUCGAGAGCGACGAGUUCUAUUUCCGGAUCAAGCCGAGAAUCUACUGCGAGACAUCGCCAACAAAGCUCAGGGUGUCUUUCUCUGGGUCUUCCUUGUUGUCAGAGACUUGAUCCACAGCCUUUCUAGAGGACGCAGCCUAAGCGAUCUCCAAGCGAUUGUUGAUGAUCUUCCAACCGAUCUACAUAAGCUGUACACCAAAAUGAGAGAGAGGGUGGAUCCAGAGGACAUGGGGAAUUCUGCUCGGUAUUAUCAACUUAUAGUUGCUGCUCUCAGCCCAUUGCAUGCGGUGACGCUCUGGAUGGUGGAUGGAGAAAAGCUUCCAGAUGGCGACACUUUUACGAAUGAGAUGCAGGAAAAUAUUAACAAGGUCUUGCAAAGACGUCUGGACAGCUCUACAAAGGGUAUAUUGGAACUCAACGACAACGGCAUCGUGACAUUUCUACACCGCACCGCACGAGACUGGGUCCUCCAGACGGCUGGUAGCGCAGGACUACAAGCUCAAGCACCGUCAGGCUUUAAUCCUCAUCUAGUCCUACUACAGGUACUAACCGAACAAUUGGGUCACGAGAGGAUCUACAGUUGCCUAGGCCAGUCGCAGCUUGCCUUUUGGACCUUUGUAUUUCUCGGCUUCCUGUACGCCGUGCAAAUCGACAACAGGGCAUCUCAGCUCGUCCGAGCCAUUGACGACUUCGACGCCGCCUUAUCUAAGCGCGCUGCUAACCUCGGAAGCAAAGGCUACGUCUUCAGUUCAGAUCCCACCACGGCGUCGUCGCAAAAGGCAAGCCGAUGGUAUUCUCUUCGGAAAGGCAAAGGUAGCGCUCAUUCCAGCCAUUGGUCAUGCACGCAAUAUGGCGCAAGUGACGCAGAGAGCGGCAUAGUCGGCAUCGCAGCCCAAUUCGCAGUGGCACCAUAUGUUAUAGAAAAGACGAAGUAG